AUGUCAUUCUCUAAGAUCAAGAAAUCAUUCGACGAUAAACCUGAUGACCCACCAAGUUCCCUUCUUGAUCUGCCUUGGUGUCCUGAGACCGUCAAUAUUGUGCUCUCAUCAAAAACGAACCGUGUCAUCUCCAAGAAAUCUUGCGACGAUAAAUCUGAUGACCCCCCAAAACCCGGUCUCGGAUCAUUGUAUACCCGGUGGGGCAGAACUACUUGUCAUACUAAUUCAAGCCUUGUAUAUGACGGUGUGGUUGGUGGGCAAUUCUUUGCCCACUUUGGUGGCGGAAGUAAUCUCUUGUGUCUACCCAACGAUCCCAUUUGGGCCAAUUAUACUGCAGUAGGUGAAGUUGGUGGUUGGAUUUAUGGCAGUGAAUAUCAGUUAGAUUUAUACCCAACUAAUAAACUCUUUUCUUUUGCUAACGCCGAAUCAAUUCAUGAUCACAACGUUCCGUGUGCUAUCUGUUUGACACGAAAACCUGCUGUUGUUAUGAUGUUACCAGCCAGGAAUGAGUGUUACACUGGUUGGACAGCUGAGUAUUCGGGAUAUUUGAUGAGCGAGCGUCAUAGUCAUCAGGGCAGACAUGAAUAUGUGUGUGUGGACUAUGCACCAGAAGCUGAUCCAGCAGGUUACAGAGACGAAAAUGGAGCUCUACUGUAUUUCGUUCAGGCUGCUUGUGGUUCAUUGCCAUGUCCACCGUAUGUCAAUGGUCGAGAAUUAACCUGCGUUGUGUGCAGUAAAUACUGA